GAAAGAGCAAGAUUGAGCACUUUACAGGGGAAGGAUGGGGGGGUCCACACACGCAGAAAACAAAUAUUAGGAUGCGCUGCCAUGAUAAAACUGUGGAGAUUUAUUGAAGAAAGACAGAAUUAUUUUUCCAACAGGAUGAUGAGUUUAUGCAUAAAUGUGUAUCCAGAGAGUACGAAAACACUGCUUAAGGCCUAUUGUUCUCCUCUUAUAAACCGGCAGUUGCCUGCUAUUUAACGCAGUUCAAUGAUGUAUUAAUUAUUAUUUUUUUUAUUAUAGCUCGUAUGAUUAGUGUUGUCGUUGUUGGCUGUCAUCAUCGGACAGGCCUAUACUGCCUUAAAUACCUGAUUAGCGAUUUCAAACAAACAGAGUCCUGCUUCAGUUUCAACACAAGCCUCUUGUCCUUAAGCCUUGGCAAAAAUAUUGACACAAAAGGUUUACAUAAAUUAACCCCGAAUAUUUGAACAAUAGCCGCUGUUCCCCGUGGUUCCCAUCGCAAAACGACAACUAAAAACAAGAAGAAAAAAAACAGAUAGGUUUUUUAAAAAUGUAUUAAUGUUUUUGUGAUGAAAGUAAAAUACAAAAGCUUCAGUGCGAGAAAUUUGUUAAAAUGAGCUUUUAAAGUAUUGUGAGCAUAAAGCUACUUGGAGGUUCUUUGUAUGUAAAUAGGGUGUAAAAAAGGCCCUCCCCGUCUUUGUAAUUAAUUGACACGUUACACCACUCAUCAUGCUCUGAAGCACCAAUGGUAGAGGCUCGGAUCUCCCCAAAACCCACAAUUUCACAUCUGCAAACACUGUCUUCAUCCACUUGACUCCUAAGACCCGCCCACACGUGGCCAACCUUUCGCGUGUUUUAAUGCUUUUUUCACUGCAGGUUCAUGUGUUGAGACCAACCUUAUAUGGACCGAUCGGACAAGGUAAUGGCUUAUUUCACUCUAGCGCCCAGCAGUAGCACAGUAUCCAUGAGCCGCACAUAGCACUUCAGCCACUUUGGCAUUCUUCCUGGACUUACACUGAAUGCGCGGCUACUUGCUCAGGCAAUGGUUAUCCACAGUGGCUGCUCCGACUGUACUUCAGCGUAGGGCGACUCUCACUCAUCCGAUUUUUUUUCCUGAAACGUCGCCUCUUCCUUUUUUUUUCUUCUUUCCAAACAGCGGAUUGUCCCACGAGCUGGUGCGGCAACUUUUCCCUGCAUAUUCCCCCCCCCACCCGAAUAUGUCGUUGACCAACACAAAGACGGGCUUUUCUGUAAAGGACAUUUUGGACCUUCCCGACACGAAUGACGAAGACGGAUCUAUCACCGGCGCGGAGGAGGACACGGAGGGGUCGGAGACCACGUCCACGACAAAAACCACUGGAGUUUUGGUGCAAAGUCCGCCGGAAAACGUUCAAAAUCUGCCUUUAAAGAACCCCUUUUAUGACAGCAGUGAAAAUCCUUACACGCGAUGGCUUGCUACUACGGACAGCAUUCAGUAUUCAUUGUUUCUCCCGUUUCUUGCCGCAGUGCACGGUCUGUCCGCCAGCUCUCAGGACUCGGCCAAGUCCCCGGAGCCGUCCGCGGACGACGAGUCGCCGGACAACGACAAGGAAACUUCCAGCAGCGGCGGCAGCGACUCCGGCAAGAAGCGGAAAAGGAGGGUGUUGUUUUCCAAGGCGCAGACCUACGAGCUGGAGCGUCGCUUCCGGCAGCAGAGGUACCUGUCCGCCCCGGAGAGGGAGCACCUGGCCAGCCUGAUCCGCCUCACCCCGACCCAAGUGAAGAUCUGGUUCCAGAACCACCGGUAUAAGAUGAAGAGAGCCCGUGCCGAGAAAGGUAUGGAAGUGACCCAUCUCCCUUCUCCCAGGCGGGUGGCCGUGCCCGUCUUAGUCAGGGAUGGAAAGCCUUGUCACACUCUUAAAGCUCAGGACUUGGCGGCCACUUUUCAGGCCGGGAUCCCCUUCUCGGCUUAUAGUGCCCAGUCACUCCAACACAUGCAGUAUAACGCGCAGUACAGCGCCGCGGGCGCGCCACAGUUCCCAGCACAUCACUUGGUGCAAACGCAACAGUGGACUUGGUGAGAGAAAUUAUAGAGACUUGGCUUGGAGGCACGAUAGGGAGUUUCACCACAAAGCAAAGAGAAAGGAAAAAAAAACGAAAAAAAAACCCCACAAAAAAACAAAAAGACUUUUCAUUUUUGCAGCUUGACUCAUAUAUAUACUACCAUUUUUAUUCGGGGCUCAUGUGUGCGCCGUGUUUACAUGUUUUCGUUAAGAGAACUGGGUCCGAAUCUCUCCCUUAUAGAUUUUAUUAAGAAUGUCAAUGCUCUUCUUGUGAAUUUUUUGUAAAGUAUGUUGUGUGUUGGUUGUAGAGAUGUUUUCCUCUCCCCCCCCCUCCCCCCAUUGUCCCUUCGUGUUAUUAUCAGCACGUACGAACCACUUUAUAAUUAUAGAAAUUUUAAUUUCUUGCUUCUUUUAUGGACCGAAAAAAUAUUUAUGGCCAUGAAUAAACACUGGCAACUUUGCAGCUUUUUUCCUUUUGUUUUUAUUCCUUGUAAAUAUUUUGUGGCGAAAUGUUUGGCGAGCUCGAGAGCUUC